ACGAUAAUAUUUAAAUUAUUGCAGUGUCGCAGAAUCAUUUGAAUAUCCUCAAACGGAACCUCUGCAUAUAGAUAGCUUACGCAUUAGUAAAGGCAAAGGCCCCCAUGACAUAAGAUCAUUAAUUUGUUCCACUAUGUAUUUCAUAGAAUUUAAUCAAGAAAGUGAAAAUUACUUCAACAAACAAUGGUGCAAACCGUAUUGAACCGUUAUUGCCUUUCGUCGAAAUCAUGUUGUUUCUGUAUCACGCUGAAAGUUGGGACAAUCCUGAUAGCUAUAGCAGGGCUACUGCCGAGUGUGUCGCUGCUGCUGGCGUAUGGUGCAGGAGAUGGACUGCUUGUGAUGUACGGAGUGGAUGUUCUGAUAGCAAAUAUUAUCCUCCAUUUAUACGCAAUCUUAGGCAUCCUACUGUGCGGAGUCAACAUAAUACUCCUUAUUGCAGCAAUAACUUAUAACGAGAAGUUGAUACUGCUUUACUUAUGGUUCGCCUGGGUGUACUUCGUAGUGGAUUUCGGAAGUGUACUGGUAAUAAGUAUUUCUGCUAUAUCGAAAAAGUUCUUUUGGUUCGGCAUGACGUUAUUUUUUGUAGAUUUAGUGUACUGGAUUUCGUUGUACCUGUACGUGUUUCCAGUUGUAAAUGGUUUUAGAAAAAAUAUACACACUAUAGUGAUCUAUUUGACUUAAAAUAAAAGUUACCAGAAAGA